GAUUCAAUGUUUCAUUCAUUAUUGGUAGGAGGAGGAGGAGGAGGAGGAGGAGAGUAAGGGAGGGAAAGGAAGAAGCUUUUCUUCUCCAAAAGCUCGAUUUGGAGACUGAGAGUGUUGAAGGAGAUCUUUCUCUCCCUACUACACCAGUCUGCAGAUUCGUCAAAUGGGUUUGUGGGAGGCUUUUCUCAAUUGGCUCCGUAGCCUCUUUUUCAAGCAGGAAAUGGAGCUAUCUUUGAUAGGACUUCAGAAUGCUGGAAAGACUUCUCUUGUAAAUGUUGUUGCAACGGGAGGAUACAGUGAGGACAUGAUCCCUACGGUAGGAUUCAAUAUGAAGAAGGUAACCAAAGGGAAUGUUACAAUAAAGUUGUGGGAUCUUGGAGGUCAACCCAGGUUUCGUAGCAUGUGGGAGCGAUACUGUCGUGCGGUUUCUGCUAUAGUCUAUGUUGUUGAUGCUGCUGAUCCUGAUAACUUGAGCACCUCAAGAGGGGAACUUCAUGAUUUGCUUAGCAAAUCCUCACUUAAUGGUAUCCCAUUGCUGAUCCUGGGUAACAAGAUUGAUAAACCAGGAGCUCUGAGUAAACAAGCUUUGACUGAUGAAAUGGGACUCAAGUCAAUUACUGAUAGAGAAGUAUGUUGCUUCAUGAUCUCAUGCAAGAACUCAACCAACAUAGACUCAGUUAUUGAUUGGCUUGUAAAGCAUUCCAAAUCAAAAAGCUGAGUGUCUUCUUCUCUUUGGCUUUGAUUUCUGUGUGCUAUAAUAUUACAAAUUUUUCAUGUAUGGGUUGUUGGUGGUGGGAUUCACUGGUCUAACUUGAUUGCUGAUUGGUUUAUGUGUGUAAUUUUCCCUGUAUCAUUUCUGAUUGCAGACUCUGGGGUUGUUAUUUUGAUCUUAAUCUCCCUUCUUCCCCAGAUGCCUGCCUAAAUUCAUAAUUUCAUAGUAUUGGAAUUCGGAAUUCAUGGAAGUUUGGAAACUAGCAUUUUCCCUUUGCAUGUGAUAAGCAGACGAGGGAUCAAUAAGAGAAAAUUUUCAAUUUUGGUUUCGA